AUGGAUAGGAGCAAGGUUGUAGAAAUACUCCCAGAAAGGGUUGGAAACGUAUCUUCCACCUCGUAUCCUAACCAAACGCUUGGUGUAUCAGGCGCUUGGGACUUUGAAUCGUUCAAAAACAACUUGAAGGUUGACGUGACCCGCUGGACUACUGAGCUAUGCGAGUUUGAUCUAGUUGGUGUUGAUGCAAGCAUUGCUAACGCUAUUCGACGAACUCUCAUUUCAGAAGUACCUACUGUGGCAAUUGAACAUGUGUAUAUCUGGAAUAACACAUCUAUUAUCCAAGAUGAAGUACUUUCUCACCGGCUAGGUCUGAUUCCCUUGGCUGUUGAUCCCAGGAAGCUGUCAUUCAAAAUGAACGAUGAGGCUAAUGAUCAAAACACUGUUGUUUUCAACCUGAAAGCUGAGUGCAAGAAGCGUGGUAGCGGAAAGGAUGCGUCCAUCGAUGGCCGGUAUGUCUAUUCGUCUCAGUUGGAGUGGGAGCCUAAGGGUGACCAGGCUGAUAUGUUCGUCGAUGCAGCGCCCAAGCCAGUAAAUGCUGAUAUUGUUAUUGCCAAGAUGGCUCCAGGACAAGCCAUGGAGAUGGAGCUUCACUGCGAGAAAGGCAUUGGAAAAGACCAUGCGAAGUUUUCACCUGUAGCCACUGCCUCUUACCGUCUUCUUCCUUUGAUCGAAAUCCUGAAGCCUUUACCAGAAGAGAUUAUCCCCAAAUUCAUUUCUUGUUUCCCACAAGGUGUAAUUGAGCGGGACGACAACUUUGGUGUACGCGUUGCUGAUGCCCGAAAAGACACCGUCAGUCGCGAAGUCCUUCGAUACCCCGAGUUUGAGGGAUACGUGCGGUUAGGCCGUAUCCAGGACCAUUUCUUAUUUAGCGUGGAGUCCACGGGUGUUUAUGAACCUGAAGACCUCUUGCCCGCAUCUAUUGAGGUGCUUCGGAAAAAGAUUUCUCUUCUAAAGCUGGCCCUUGAUGCAGUCCCGACGAAUGGCCAGGCCUGA